AUGCCUCCCCAUUUGCCCGGCCAGUCCGGUCACGGAUUGCAAGCAGGAGGGCACGGACACGGGGCGGCAGUAACAGGUCUUGCGCCUGCUGCAGACCGCAUGGGGGGCAGCGAGGGGGGAAGCUUGGGGGGAGCCUGGGCUGGGAGCAACGAGGGGGGAAGCUUGGGAGGUGCCCGGUUCGGAGGCAGUGAGGGGGGGAGUCAGGGGGGAGACAUGAGGCAGCCUGGCGGACAAGGGCUAGGGAUGCCAGGGGGGGUAGUUUCUGUGGCGGCUGGUGCGCCUGGGACGCGUCUGUCUGGUGCUGGUGGUUCUGUGGGAGUGGGGGUUGGAGAGGAGGAGGUGCGAGCAGCUCGAUCCAAGCCAAGGAAGAACGAGGUUCCAUACUCUCUCUCUCUCUCUCCUAGUGUGCCUCAUCUGUCUUCUCGCAUCUCCACUCAUCUCCUCUCCUAUCAUCUCCCUUCCUCUCCUUUCACCUCGUCUCAUAGAUUACCAGUUCCUGUGCUACAAACCCUCUUCCUCUUAGCGACUAUGUUCCUUUUCGUGCAUUUUUUCCUCUACCAGAGAGCAGCAGCAGCGGCAGCAGCAGCGGCGGCAGCAGCACAAGCAAGAGCUGAAGCCGGUGAUCCAAAGCACAGGCUGGGAGGGGACACGGAUGCAUCCCACAUCAGACCCUUCGCGCUCCCUCCUACUCCGUCUCCUCCUCCUGCUGCUGCUGCUUCUCCUGCUGCUCCUGCUGCUACUCCCGCUCGCCCAAACGCGUCAGCAGCAGCAGAGAUGGGAUCUGGUUUCGCUAGCAGCAGCCACGCAGCAGCAGUGCCAGCAGCAGCAGCAGCCGAUGCAGCCUCUGGGUUCAUAUCCCCCCACACAGACGCUGCUGCUCCUGCAGCAGCGGCAGCUGGGGGUGGGGCGGCACAUGUGGACUGGCGCUUAGGACAGGGUCACGCUGCCUCUGGGGGGGACGAGGCGGGGGACGGGGAGGGGGAGGAGGGGGAGGAGGAGGAGGGGGUGGGGGAGGUGUUGGUGGUGUGGCGGGUGUGGUUGUUUCAGCAGGAGGAGAAGGAGAGGAGGGAAGAGGGGGAGGCCAAAGCAGCAGCAGCAGCAGCAGCAGCAGCAGCAGCAGCAGCAGCAGCCACAGCAGCAGCAGCGGCUGCUACAGCGUCUGCCCCCACGCCAGGUCCCCACCCCCCUGCAGGCCGGCCAAAAGCCGGCCCGGGAGCAGCAACUGGGGCAGCAGGGGGAGCAGCAGCAGGGGCGGCUGGGCCUGGUGGUAGGCCCACUGCUCCUGUGUCGAUGUCAGCACAGGAGGCAGAGGUAGCAGAGGCGCUCUUCGACUUUGCCAACCUGCUCGCGUUUGGAUCAAAUGAAGCCGAAGAGGAAGGUGCUGAUGGCUCUGCCGCCGCUGGUGGUGCUGCUGCUGACGGCGCUGCCGCCGCUGCUGCGGCAACGGCUGCAGCUGCGGCGGCGGUGGUGGCUGGUAGUGCUGCUGCUGCCAAUGGGGUGACUGUAGAGGGUCCCAUAGGGCAGGUGCUUUCCCUCCCACCCACCCUCGGUCCAGCCAGCAGAGAUCCUCAGGGACCCUUUUCCGCUGCUGUUGCUGCUGCAGCAGCAGCAGGUGCUGCUGGUGGCCCUUCAGGUGUAAACCCAGGUGCAGGAUCAACGAGUCUUCUGGGCACCCCCCUGGCCUCGCCUCGCGCUGUCCUGCCUUCUCCGCCUCUAGGGUUCCCCAUUGCAGCAGCAGCUGGGGCGGGGAUGGGCGUGGGCGCGGGCGGGCAGGGCGCAGGGGCGGCGGCUGAUGUGUCUCGGCUGCUUGUGUGUGGGGGGAAUGAGGCGGAUGGACGGGGGCAGUAUGGGGGAGGGGCGGGGGGAGCAGGGGGGGGGAUGGGGGGAGGAGCAGGGGAGGGGGUUGUGGGGCCGGGAGGUGGGGGGAGGUCGGCAGGGGGAGGGGGGAUUGCGGCAGGAGUGGGGCCAGGGGCGGUAGGUGGGAGGCAGAGUGUGUUGGAGAAAGUCAGUCAACACCAGAUUGCUGCUGCUGCUGCACACGGCCACACAGACGGCAGCACCAGGCAGGCCAAGCACAGCCCUGCCUCCUCUGCCGUCCUCCGUGCCCCUGCGGCUGCCUCACUGGCUGCUGCAGCAGGGCCCUACGGCAGCACCAGGCAGACCAAGCAUGGCCCAGCCUCCUCUGCUGCCCUCCGCGCCCCUGCUGCCGCCGCCCUGGCUGCUGCUGCAGGCCCCUUACACUCCCCCUCCGCCCCUCCUGUGCCAGGCAUUGCAGGGGCAGUGGGUAGCGGUGGGGGUGCCACCGGGGGAGGUGCAUCUGGAACAGGCACAGCUGGUCUUCUCAGUAUCGCCCCAAGGGCUCUAGCUCCCAGGCCCAUCGCCCCUCUAACAGGCCAGCCAAACCCAGGGGCAAUGGCAGGAGGGCUUGGGGUUGGGGUUGCGCCUCUGACAAUGCCCAACCCUGCUGCGGUUCUUCCCCCGCAAGCGGCUGGUUUUGGCUCCAUGGGCAAGAAUCGGAUGCUGCUUCCUGUUCCCACUUUGAACGCUGCAGCAGCUGCUGCGGGUGCCGGUCCUGGUUCCGGUCCUGGUACCCCUGGGGCAGCUGCGGGUGCUGGUGGUGGUGGUGCGGAUACAGGAGCAGGAGCAGGAGGAGGAGCAGCAGCAGGAGGUGUAGUUGGAACAGGGGUGGUAGGGGCAGUGAAGGACCAACGGCAAACGGGAGCUACUGCAAGUCCCUUGCUACCUGCAGGAGCAGCAGCAGCAGCAGCAGGGGGUGGGGUUCCGGCCUUUCACAACUCUGUCCCCUCCUAUUCUCCUCUCGCUGGUGGAAACCCAUCCUUUGCCCCGAAUUCCCAUGGGCUCGCUUCUUCCCAUGCUCACGCCACCGCCGUUGCCCAUGCUGCCUCCACUCCCCAUGCUGCCUCCACUCCCCCCCCGCGGCUGUUUGCUUCCCCGCUCACUGGUGCACCGCUGGCACCAGGGGGGCAGGGAGCGGAGAAGGGGGGGAAGGGGGCGGGAGAGGCAAAGGGGCCUGGUGGAGUGGUGGGCGCGGGAGGAGAGGGGGGAGUGGACCAGCAGACGAGGCUGCGAAUGGGACCACCGUCAGCCACGGCCACCACUACAGACAGCAAGGACCAGUGGCCGCCGCAGCAGCAGCAGUCACUGCGCUCUAACAAGCUUGAGCUUGAUCUCAUGUCCCCACCCGGCAACGGUCUUUCGCUGCUGGUUCCGAGUUCAGAGCGGUUGGGAGCGGUGGACGAGGAGGAGACAGCGGAAGGGGAGAGCAAGACGCAUGUGCAACGCUUGAGGGAGUGUGUGCGAUUGACAGUGCCGUAUGGAGAGUCCUUCUCAUCCUCCCCGUCCGCGUGUGAUGAGUCGGCGUGUGAUGAGUCGACUUACAGUGCCAGAUCUGGCAGUCAAAGAGGGGCGACAGCGAGGGGGGCGAAAGGAGACGCUAAGGGUGCGUCCAGGGAUCGAGCUGCUGGUUCGUCUCCUGUGGUGGGGCCUAUGUCCCCAGGAGCCGUAGGGUUGGGAGGCUUCCCCCCUCCGCCCGCCCACCUUGCCCCCAUGCACCACACUCCCCCCAGCAUGCCCCACAAUCCCCCUGGGAUGCCCCCAUCCGGGGCACCUACUCACGGAGCAGCAGCAGCAGCAGCAGCCGCAGCGGCUGCAGCAGCGGCAGCUGCUGCGUCUAUGCCUUUGCCGUUAGGGUUGGGAGGGUGGCCGAUUCCUGGGAUUGGGUUUUUCCCUCAGGCUGCAGCUGCGGCAGCAGCGGCUGCAGCUGCUGCUGGGUGGCCCCCUCCCUCUGCUGGAGGCCCCUCCUCGCUUCCCUCCUCUCUCCCCUCCUCUCUUGCCUCGUCUCUCCCCUCCUCGCUUCCCUCGUCUCUCCCCUCUUCCCUCCCUGCCUCCCUGUCGCAUACAGGGCCGUCACUGCUCCAGCAUGCUGGAGUGGCGUCACUGGCACAUGCAGGGAGGGACGAUGGGGUCUCCUCACCUGCUCCUCCUGGCCAUCCGUCGCAGCACACUCUCCCUCAACCGCCCCCAGGCUUACUCCCUCUGCCUUCGCAGCAGCAGCAGCAGCAGCUGCACGGGCGGCGGCCUUGGAAACGUUGUGCUCUGCACGUUUACAUCGCCCACUUUAUUGAGUUCAACCAGCAUGUAGCACGUCAACAGCAGCAGCAACAGCAACAGCAGCAGCAGCAACAGCAGCAGCAGCAGCAACAGCAGCAGCAGCAUCACCACCACCCGUUCUACCCCCCGCAUUUCAGCAACUAUGCAGCGGCGGCAGCGGCGGCGGCAGCAGCAGCGGUAGCAGCUUCAAAGCAGCAGCCUCCGUAUGGGAUGGCCAUGCCGGGGCAUAUUCCUGGUGCGCCUCCCUUUGGCUUGCAAGCAGGUGGGGCAGCAGGCGGAGCAGCAAGUGCAGCAGCAGCGGCAGGUGCAGCGGCAGCGGCAGCGGCUGCAGCAGCAGGGGCGGCAGGCGGGGCAGCAGGUACAGGUGUGGCUCAAGCUCCCCUGCCUUCCGCUCUCCCUGUUCCUCUCUCAGCCCCCCCAACAGUCUCUGCUGCCGCUGCUGCUGCCGCUGCCGCUACCGCUGCUGUAGCUUCGGCAGCUGCAACUUCGACGGCGCCAGCAUCGGCAGCUGCAUCCGCGCCCGGUGCAGCAGGUUUGGCGCCUGGAGCUUCUCCGAGCCUCCCACACGGUUUGGGAACGGGUGCAAGUGGGGCAGGGGCAGGGAAGGAUAAGCACGGGCAGGUUUCCGGGCAGGUUCAGGGGCAACUGAAGCCGCAAGGAGCAGCAGGAAACGCACCCUCAGGAGGGCCCUCAGCUGCUGGGAAAGCUCUGGAGGGAAUGGUAAGGCGAGAGGAGGCCAUAGGGAACCAUGUAGGGGGGCCGGUCUCCCCUGCUGUACCAGCAGCAGCAGCAACGGCAGCACCAGGGAAGGCACUUGCGCAGGGGCAGAAUCAGGUGCAGGUUCAGGCACAGGGGCAGGGGCAGAAUCAGGGGCAGAUGGCGCAUGUGCAACGAGUGGCAGGUGCUCCGGUUCAGAGCGGUGCUGCAGGGGGGCCGUCCACCCACCUGAGAAUACCUGGGCUUUUCCCCGCAGGGGUGGUUCAGGCAGGGGCGACACAGGCAGGGGCGGCACAGGCAGGGGCGGCACAGGCAGGGGCGGCACAGGCAGGGGCGGCACAGGCAGGGGCGGCACAGGCAGGGGCGGCACAGGCAGGGGCAGCACAGGCAGGGGCGGCACAGGCAGGGGCGGCACAGGCAGGGGCAGCACAGGCAGGGGCGGCACAGGUAGGGGUGGCACAGGUAGGGGCGGCACCGGCAGGGGUAGGGCAAGGGGUUGGGCAAGGGGUUGGGCAAGCAAGUGCAGGGCAGGCGGGAAUGGGACAGGCAGGGGCAGUGGCACGAGGGUCUGGACAGGCAGGGGUGGGGCAUCCAGGGGCGGUGGCAGCAGGGGCGGCUCAAGCAGGGGCGGCUCAAGCAGGGGCGGUUCAACCAGGGCCGGUUCAACCAGGGGCGGUGCCAGCAGGUGUUAUCCAGAGGCCAGGAGGGCAGGGAUUGGGGAUGGGGCUACCAGGUGCGCAGCAGCUGCAGCAGCAGCAGGGGCAGCUGGGGCAGCUGGGGCAGCAGCAGCAGGGGCAGCUGGGGCAGCUGGGGCAGCAGCAGCAUGUUGGGAUGCAGCAGAGACCUGUGUUGCUACCACGGCUGCCACAGCCGCAGCAGCAGCAGCAGCAGCAGCAGCAGCAGCAGCAGCAGCAGCAGGUGAAGCCAGCACAGUUAGCGCCACAUAAAGUGCUAUUGCCAAAGCUGCAGCAACAAUCCCAGCAGUCUCUACUGAACCAGCAGCAGCAACAGCCCAUGCAGCAGCAGCAGCAGGUGAGGGAGGGGCAGGAACCAGCGCAGAAGAGAAUGAGAACGGAGAAGCAGCAGGUGCAGGGGGUAGCAACAGCAGGGCAGGCAGGCACUGUGGGGGCAGGCAGUGGUGCAGGGGCAGGGAACGCUAACGGGGCUGGUGCUGCUGUUGCUCCUGGUUUGAAGCCGCAAGGAGGGCAGAUGCAGCCGGGACAGGUGGUAUCAGGGCAAAUGCUACCAGGACAGGUGCUAUCGGGGCAGGUGCUACCAGGGCAGGUGCUACCAGGGCAGGUGCUACCAGGGCAGGUGCUACCUGGGCCGGUACCACUGGCCCAGGUGCAGCCGGGACAGGUGCAGCCGGGGCAGGUGCAGCCGGGGCAGGUGCAGCCGGGGCAGGUACAACUCCAGCCCAGGCAGGUGCCCCCGGGACAGGUGCAGGCAGGGCAGGUGCAGCCGGGGCAGGUACAACUCCAGCCCAGGCAGGUGCCCCCGGGACAGGUGCAGGCAGGGCAGGUGCAGCCGGGGCAGGUACAACUCCAGCCCAGGCAGGUGCCCCCGGGACAGGUGCAGGCAGGGCAGGUGCAGCUGGGGCAGGUGCUACCUGUUGCAGCAGCACCUGUUGUGGCACCUGUUGCAGCAGCACCUGUUGUGGCACCUGUUGCAGCAGCAGCAGCGUCCGUGGCACCAACACCGGCAGCAGCAGCAGCAGCAGCAGCAGCAGCAGCAUCUGUGUCAAAUCCUGUUGCACCACUGCCUGUUCCACUAGGGGCGCAGGGGCAGGCGCAGGGGCAUGGGCAUGGGCCUGCUGAGAAGGUGGUAUUUGGGCAGGUGCUUCCAGGGCAGGUGCCACCUGGCAAGGAGUCGGCAGUUUCCAUUACAAACCUAGGGAGCAAUGCAGCAAGUUCCACAGAGCAGCAGCAGCAGCAGCAGCAGCAGCAGAAGCAGCAGCAGCAGUUACAGCAGCAGCACAAUAAAGGUGUGGCUGUGCCUCCAGCACCACUCACGUGUGCUAUCAAGGGAAGUCCUGUGCCUGUUCCCUCUGCUCAGGCGUCCGCAGCAACAGGCACGCAGCAGCAGCAUCAGCACAAUAAAGGUGUGCCUGUGCCUCCAGCACCACUCACGUGUGCUAUCAAGGGAAGUCUCGUGCCUGUUCCCUCUGCACAGGCGUCUGCUGCUAAGGUUGCUCCUUUCCCCCCACCUCCGUUUCCCCUAUCCCCGUUUCCCCCGCCUCCGUUCCCCCCACCCCUGUUUUGCCAGUUCCAGCUUCCCUCAUUCCUGUUCCCCUCAACCCCGUCCCCACCACUGCUGCUCCCCCUACUCCCGUUCCCUUGA